GGCGGCGCUGGGCCGGUGGCAAGCCCCCGGAGGGAGCCGCAGUAGUACGACGGAAGAUGGCGACGAGCGGCGGCGACGAGGCGGCGGCAGCGGCUCCAGUGCCCGGAGCCCCGGCGACCGGGCAGGACACGACCCCGGGCUGGGAGGUGGCGGUGCGGCCCCUACUGUCCGCGUCCUACUCCGCCUUUGAGAUGAAGGAGUUGCCGCAGCUGGUGGCCUCAGUCAUCGAGAGUGAGUCAGAAAUCCUGCACCACGAGAAGCAGUAUGAGCCAUUCUACUCAUCCUUUGUCGCACUGUCCACACACUACAUCACCACGGUCUGUAGCCUCAUUCCCCGGAACCAGCUUCAGUCGGUGGCAGCGGCCUGUAAAGUCCUCAUUGAGUUUUCUCUCCUUCGUCUGGAGAACCCGGAUGAGGCAUGUGCUGUGUCCCAGAAACACUUGAUUCUGCUGAUCAAAGGCCUGUGCACUGGCUGUAGCCGACUAGACAGAACGGAAAUUAUCACCUUCACAGCAAUGAUGAAGUCCGCCAAGCUUCCACAAACAGUGAAGACGCUUUCAGAUGUGGAAGAUCAGAAAGAGCUGGCGUCUCCAGUAAGCCCUGAGCUAAGGCAGAAGGAGGUACAGAUGAAUUUUUUGAACCAGCUCACCUCAGUUUUUAAUCCUAGAACCGUACCAUCUCCUCCCAUUAGUCCACAGGCUCUGGUGGAAGGAGAAAAUGAUGAGCAGCCAUCCACAGAUCAAGCCUCUGCUGUCAAGACCAAGAACGUGUUCAUAGCUCAGAAUGUGGCUAGCCUUCAAGAGCUUGGUGGCUCAGAGAAGCUGCUCCGAGUGUGCCUGAACCUGCCGUAUUUCCUGCGCUACAUCAAUCGGUUCCAGGAUGCAGUGGUAGCCAAUUCCUUCUUCAUCAUGCCUGCAACAGUAGCUGAUGCCACUGCUGUUCGCAAUGGUUUUCACUCACUAGUGAUUGAUGUAACCAUGGCCUUGGAUACCCUUUCUCUACCUGUGUUGGAACCCCUCAAUCCUUCACGUCUGCAAGAUGUGACAGUUCUCAGCCUCAGCUGUCUGUACGCGGGCGUGAGUGUAGCCACCUGCAUGGCCAUUCUUCAUGUGGGUAGUGCCCAGCAAGUGCGGACAGGGUCCACAAGCUCCAAAGAAGACGACUAUGAAAGUGAUGCGGCCACUAUUGUCCAGAAAUGUCUUGAGAUCUACGACAUGAUCGGACAGGCAAUCAGCAGCUCCCGCCGUGCUGGUGGUGAGCAUUUCCAGAACUUCCAGCUGUUGGGCGCCUGGUGUCUGCUGAAUAGCCUCUUCCUCAUACUGAAUCUCAGCCCCACUGCCCUGGCUGACAAGGGGAAAGAGAAGGACCCAUUGGCUGCUCUCCGAGUCAGAGACAUCCUUUCUCGUACAAAAGAGGGAGUAGGCUCUCCCAAACUGGGGCCUGGCAAAGGGCAUCAGGGAUUUGGAGUGCUCUCAGUGAUCCUGGCAAACCAUGCCAUCAAGCUGCUGACAUCUCUGUUUCAGGACCUGCAGGUGGAGGCGCUCCACAAGGGCUGGGAGACAGAUAGUCCCCCUGCAGUCCUAAGCAUUAUGGCCCAAAGCACCUCCACACAAAGGAUUCAACGGCUGAUUGACUCUGUCCCGCUGACUAACCUGCUCUUGACUUUACUUUCAACUUCAUACAGAAAGGCAUGUGUCCUGCAGCGGCAGAGGAAGGGCUCCAUGAGCAGUGAUGCCAGCGCCUCCACCGACUCCAACACAUACUAUGAGGAUGACUUCAGUAGCACAGAGGAGGACAGCAGCCAAGAUGAUGACAGCGAGCCCAUUUUGGGGCAGUGGUUUGAGGAGACCAUCUCUCCCAGUAAAGAGAAAACUGCACCUCCACCCCCUCCACCACCCCCUCCCCUGGAAAGCUCUCCUCGGGUUAAAAGCCCCAGUAAACAGGCCUCUGGUGAGAAGGGCAACAUCUUGGCCAGUCGCAAAGAUCCUGAGUUGUUCUUAGGUCUGGCUUCCAACAUUCUGAACUUUAUCACAUCUUCCAUGCUGAACUCUCGGAACAAUUUCAUCCGGAACUAUCUGAGUGUGUCUCUUUCAGAGCACCAUAUGGCCACCCUGGCAAGCAUCAUUAAGGAGGUGGACAAAGAUGGACUCAAGGGGUCAUCAGAUGAGGACUUCGCUGCUGCUCUCUAUCACUUCAACCACUCCCUGGUAACUUCUGACCUACAGUCCCCGAACUUGCAGAAUACACUACUACAGCAGCUAGGAGUUGCUCCUUUCUCCGAGGGCCCUUGGCCCCUGUACAUUCACCCCCAAGGCCUCUCUGUGCUCUCUCGUCUCCUGCUUAUCUGGCAACAUAAAGCUGGAGCACAAGGUGACCCUGAUGUCCCAGAAUGCCUGAAAGUGUGGGACAGGUUUUUGUCUACAAUGAAGCAGAGUGCACUGCAGGGGGUGAUGCCCAGUGAGACAGAGGACCUGAAUGUAGAGCACCUGCAGCUGCUGCUCCUCAUCUUCCACAGCUUCUCUGAGAAGGGCCGCAGGACCAUCUUCACCAUGUUGGUGCAGAGCAUCCAGGAGCUGAGUGUGAACAUGGAGGUUCAGAUGCGCUCCGUGCCUUUAACCCUGGCGCGCCUCCUUUUGAUCUUCGACUACCUGCUUCAUCAGUACUCCAAAGCCCCUGUGUAUCUGUUUGAGCAGGUGCAGCACAACCUGCUGAGUCCCCCGUUUGGGUGGGCAAGUGGAUCCCAAGACAGCAGCAGCCGCCGGGCCAACACUCCUCUGUAUCAUGGGUUCAAGGAAGUAGAAGAAAACUGGUCCAAACAUUUUUCAUCAGAUGCAGUCCCACAACCCAGGUUCUACUGCGUCCUGUCCCCAGAGGCUUCUGAGGAGGAUAUGCACCGACUUGAUUCUAUGGCAUGUGAAGUUCUUUUCUCCAAGCUUGUCAAGUACGAUGAACUUUACAGCUCACUGACAGCCCUGCUUGCAGCUGGCUCUCAGUUUGAUACGGUCAGGAGAAAGGAGAAUAAGAAUGUGACUGCCCUGGAGGCCUGCGCCCUGCAGUAUUACUUCUUGAUACUCUGGAGGAUCUUGGGAAUUUUGCCACCUUCAAAGACUUACAUGAACCAGCUGGCCACGAACUUACCUGAGAUGAGUGAAUGUGACAUCUUACACACUCUGCGAUGGUCAUCUCGCCUCCGGAUCAGCUCCUAUGUCAGCUGGAUAAAGGAUCACCUUAUCAAACAGGGCAUGAAGCCCGAGCAUGCUGGCUCUGUCAUAGAACUGACCUCCACCAAGUGUAGCUCAGUGAAGUACGACGUUGAGAUUGUGGAAGAGUACUUCGCCCGACAGAUCUCGUCAUUCUGCUCCAUUGACUGCACCACCGUCCUGCAGUUGCAUGAGAUCCCUAGUCUGCAGUCCAUCUACACCCUGGAUGCAGCUAUCUCAAAGGUCCAGGUCUCUCUGGAUGAGCACUUUUCUAAGAUGGCUGCAGAGACUGACCCUCAUAAGUCAUCUGAGAUCACCAAGAACCUCCUUCCAGCUACACUGCAACUCAUUGACACCUAUGCCUCGUUCACUAGAGCCUAUUUGCUCCAGAACCUUAACGAAGAGGGAUCCGCUGAGAAGCCCUCCCAGGAGAAGCUGCACGGCUUUGCAGCUGUUUUGGCUAUCGGCUCUAGCAGGUGCAAGGCAAACACACUAGGUCCAACGUUGGUGCAGAAUUUACCGUCAUCAGUGCAGACUGUCUGUGAGUCCUGGAAUAAUAUCAACACUAAUGAGUUUCCCAACAUUGGAUCCUGGCGCAAUGCAUUUGCCAAUGACACCAUCCCGUCUGAGAGUUACAUCAGUGCUGUGCAGGCUGCUCACCUGGGGACUCUUUGUGGCCAGAGUCUACCCCUGGCGGCUUCCCUGAAGCAUACCCUCCUCUCCCUGGUCAGGUUGACUGGGGAUCUGAUAGUCUGGUCGGAUGAGAUGAACCCAGCACAGGUCAUCCGGACCCUACUACCCCUUCUGUUGGAGUCGAGCACAGAGAGUGUGGCUGAGAUCAGCAGUAACUCCUUGGAGCGCAUCUUGGGACCUGCGGAGUCUGAUGAGUUUCUGGCUCGUGUGUAUGAGAAGCUGAUCACCGGGUGUUACAGCAUUCUGGCCAACCAUGCAGAUCCCAGCAGUGGGCUGGAUGAGUCCAUCCUGGAGGAAUGUUUGCAGUAUCUGGAAAAGCAGCUGGAGAGCAGCCAGGCCCGGAAAGCCAUGGAGGAGUUCUUCUCUGAUGGUGGGGAACUUGUGCAGAUCAUGAUGGCCACAGCCAAUGAGGACCUCUCUGCUAAAUUCUGUAACCGUGUCUUGAAAUUCUUCACCAAACUCUUCCAACUGACUGAGAAGAGCCCUAACCCAAGCCUCCUUCAUCUCUGUGGCUCUCUUGCCCAGCUGGCCUGCGUGGAGCCGGUGCGCCUGCAGGCCUGGCUCACCCGCAUGACAACAUCACCCCCAAAGGAUUCUGACCAGCUGGAGAUCAUUCAGGAGAACCGGCAGUUGCUGCAGUUGCUGACCACAUACAUCGUGCGGGAAAACAGCUACACUAUGAUUGUGUGUCUUCUUUCUUUGCUUUGGGACAGCAAGAAGUACCUGUCUCAGAAGAAUGUGGUUGAGAAACUGAAUGCCAAUGUAAUGCAUGGAAAGCAUGUGAUGGUCUUGGAGUGCACGUGUCAUAUCAUGUCUUACUUGGCUGAUGUCACAAAUGCCCUGAGUCAGAGUAAUGGCCAAGGACCCAGUCACCUCUCCGUGGAUGGGGAAGAGCGUGUCAUUGAGGUGGAUUCAGACUGGGUAGAAGAGUUAGCGGUGGAGGAGGAAGAUUCCCAGGCUGAGGACUCCGAUGAAGAUUCUCUCUGCAAUAAACUCUGCACCUUCACCAUCACGCAGAAGGAAUUUAUGAACCAGCAUUGGUACCACUGUCAUACCUGUAAGAUGGUGGAUGGGGUGGGUGUGUGCACUGUGUGUGCGAAGGUGUGCCACAAGGAUCAUGAGAUUUCCUAUGCCAAGUAUGGUUCUUUUUUCUGUGACUGUGGAGCCAAAGAAGAUGGCAGCUGCUUGGCACUGGUGAAGCGAACUCCUAGCAGUGGCAUGAGCUCUACCAUGAAGGAGUCGGCAUUUCAGAGUGAACCUAGGGUUUCGGAGAGUUUGGUGCGCCAUGCCAGCACCUCACCAGCUGACAAGGCCAAGGUCACCAUCAGUGAUGGGAAGGUUACUGAUGAAGAGAAGCCCAAGAAGAGCAGCCUGUGCCGCACAGUUGAGGGGUGCCGUGAAGAGUUGCAGAAUCAGGCCAAUUUCUCCUUCGCUCCUCUCGUGUUAGACAUGCUCAAUUUCCUCAUGGAUGCCAUUCAGACCAACUUUCAGCAGGCUUCAGCCGUGGGGAGCAGCAGCCGAGCACAGCAGGCCCUUAGUGAGCUGCAUACAGUGGACAAGGUUGUGGAGAUGACGGACCAGCUGAUGGUUCCUACCUUAGGCUCACAGGAAGGUGCCUUUGAGAAUGUUCGGAUGAAUUACAGUGGAGACCAGGGCCAAACUAUACGGCAGCUGAUCAGUGCCCAUGUUCUCAGGCGGGUGGCUAUGUGUGUGCUUUCUUCCCCACAUGGGCGCCGCCAGCAUUUGGCUGUCAGCCAUGAGAAGGGCAAGAUCACAGUGCUACAGCUCUCUGCACUCCUGAAACAAGCGGAUUCCAGCAAGAGGAAGUUGACUCUGACCCGCUUGGCUUCUGCCCCAGUUCCCUUCACAGUGCUGAGUCUCACUGGAAACCCCUGCAAGGAGGACUACCUGGCAGUGUGUGGGCUGAAGGACUGCCAUGUGCUCACCUUCAGUAGCUCGGGCUCUGUUUCGGAUCAUUUAGUGUUACAUCCCCAGUUGGCAACAGGGAACUUCAUCAUCAAAGCUGUGUGGUUACCUGGUUCACAGACUGAGCUGGCCAUUGUCACAGCAGACUUUGUCAAGAUUUAUGACUUGUCUGUUGAUGCCUUGAGUCCUACCUACUACUUUCUCCUGCCGAGCUCAAAGAUAAGAGAUGUUACCUUCCUUUUCAAUGAGGAAGGCAAGAGCAUCAUUGUCAUCAUGUCCUCUGCUGGGUACAUGUACACACAGCUCAUGGAGGAGGCCAGCAGUGCCCAGCAGGGGCCCUUCUACGUCACUAAUGUUCUGGAAAUAAAUCACGAAGACCUGAAGGACAGUAACAGCCAGGUGGCAGGUGGCGGUGUGUCUGUGUACUACUCACAUGUGUUGCAGAUGCUUUUCUUCAGCUACAGCCAGGGCAAGUCCUUUGCAGCCACCGUCAGCAGGAGCACUCUGGAGGUGCUGCAGCUCUUCCCCAUCAACAUCAAAAGCUCCAAUGGUGGCAGUAAGACUUCUCCUGCCCUUUGCCAGUGGUCUGAAGUGAUGAACCACCCUGGCUUGGUCUGUUGUGUCCAGCAAACUACUGGCGUGCCUCUGGUAGUCAUGGUGAAACCAGACACUUUCCUCAUCCAGGAGAUUAAGACUCUUCCCGCCAAAGCAAAGAUCCAAGACAUGGUUGCCAUUAGGCACACUGCCUGCAAUGAACAGCAGCGGACGACCAUGAUCCUGCUGUGUGAGGAUGGCAGCCUGCGCAUUUACAUGGCCAAUGUAGAGAAUACCUCUUACUGGCUUCAGCCCUCCCUGCAGCCCAGCAGCGUCAUCAGCAUCAUGAAGCCUGUGCGAAAGCGCAAAACAGCUACGAUCACUGCCCGCACAUCCAGCCAGGUGACCUUCCCCAUCGACUUUUUUGAACACAACCAACAGCUGACAGAUGUGGAAUUUGGUGGUAAUGACCUCCUGCAAGUCUACAAUGCACAACAGAUAAAGCACAGGCUGAACUCCACUGGCAUGUACGUGGCUAACACCAAGCCUGGCGGCUUCACCAUUGAGAUUAGUAACAACAGCAGCACUAUGGUGAUGACAGGCAUGCGGAUCCAGAUUGGGACCCAGGCAAUUGAACGGGCCCCAUCAUACAUCGAGAUCUUUGGCAGGACCAUGCAGCUCAAUCUGAGCCGUUCCCGCUGGUUUGACUUUCCCUUCACCAGAGAGGAAGCCUUGCAGGCUGACAAGAAGCUGAACCUCUUCAUCGGUGCCUCAGUGGAUCCAGCAGGCGUUACCAUGAUAGAUGCUGUAAAAAUUUAUGGCAAGACUAAGGAACAGUUUGGCUGGCCUGAUGAACCCCCAGAAGAAUUCCCUUCUGCCUCUGUCAGCAACAUCUGUCCUUCCAACCUGAAUCAGAGCAAUGGCACUGGGGAGAGUGACUCAGUCGCUCCAACUACGACCAGUGGAACUGUCCUGGAGAGGCUGGUUGUGAGUUCUUUGGAAGCCCUGGAAAGCUGCUUUGCUGUUGGCCCAAUCAUCGAGAAGGAGAGAAACAAGCAUGCAGCCCAGGAGCUGGCCACUUUGCUGCUUUCCCUGCCAGCACCUGCCAGUGUCCAACAGCAGUCAAAGAGCCUCCUGGCCAGCCUACACACCAGCCGCUCAGCCUAUCACAGCCACAAGGACCAGGCCUUGCUGAGCAAAGCUGUGCAGUGUCUCAACACAUCCAGCAAAGAAGGCAAGGACUUGGACCCUGAGGUGUUCCAGCGGCUAGUGAUCACAGCUCGCUCGAUUGCCAUCAUGCGUCCUAGCAACCUUGUGCACUUUACGGAGUCCAAGCUGCCCCAGAUGGAAACAGAAGGAGCAGAUGAGGGGAAAGAACCACAGAAGCAGGUGGAAGGAGAUGGCUGUAGUUUCAUCACUCAGCUUGUGAACCACUUCUGGAAACUCCAUGCUUCUAAGCCCAAGAAUGCCUUCUUGGCACCUGCCUGCCUGCCAGGCCUCACUCAUAUUGAAGCUACUGUUAAUGCACUGGUAGACAUUAUCCAUGGCUAUUGUACCUGCGAGCUGGACUGUAUCAACACAGCAUCCAAGAUCUACAUGCAGAUGCUGUUGUGUCCUGACCCUGCAGUGAGCUUCUCCUGCAAACAAGCUCUAAUUCGAGUCCUAAGGCCCAGGAACAAGCGGAGACACGUGACUUUGCCCUCCUCCCCUCGAAGCAACACACCAAUGGGAGACAAGGAUGAUGACGAUGAUGAUGACGCAGAUGAGAAAAUGCAGUCAUCAGGCAUCCCCGAUGGUGGUCACAUUCGUCAGGAAAGCCAGGAACAGAGUGAGGUAGACCACGGAGAUUUUGAGAUGGUGUCUGAGUCGAUGGUUCUGGAAACAGCUGAAAAUGUCAACAAUGGCAACCCUUCUCCCCUGGAGGCCCUGCUGGCAGGUGCUGAGGGCUUUCCUCCCAUGCUGGACAUCCCACCUGAUGCAGAUGACGAGACCAUGGUUGAACUAGCCAUUGCCCUGAGCCUGCAGCAGGACCAGCAAGGCAGCAGCAGCAGUGCCCUGGGCCUGCAGAGCCUGGGACUAUCCGGCCAGGCACCCAGCUCUUCCUCUCUGGACGCAGGAACCCUCUCUGACACCACAGCAUCAGCUCCAGCCUCAGAUGAUGAGGGCAGCACCGCAGCGACUGAUGGCUCCACCCUGCGGACCUCGCCCGCUGACCAUGGCGGGAGUGUGGGCUCAGAGAGCGGGGGAAGUGCCGUGGACUCUGUGGCUGGCGAGCACAGUGUGUCUGGCCGGAGCAGUGCAUAUGGUGAUGCCACAGCUGAGGGGCACCCAGCUGGACCAGGGAGCGUCAGCUCAAGCACAGGCGCCAUCAGCACCACCACUGGGCACCAGGAGGGAGAUGGCUCUGAGGGAGAAGGUGAAGGGGAAGCUGAAGGAGAUGUGCACACUAGCAACAGACUGCACAUGGUUCGUCUGAUGCUGUUGGAGAGAUUACUGCAGACACUACCCCAGUUACGAAACGUUGGGGGUGUCCGAGCCAUCCCAUACAUGCAGGUCAUUCUGAUGCUCACAACAGAUCUGGAUGGAGAAGAUGAGAAAGACAAGGGGGCCCUGGACAACCUGCUCUCCCAGCUCAUUGCUGAGCUUGGCAUGGACAAAAAGGAUGUCUCCAAGAAGAACGAGCGCAGUGCCUUGAACGAAGUCCAUCUGGUUGUAAUGAGACUCCUGAGUGUCUUCAUGUCCCGCACCAAGUCUGGUUCCAAGUCUUCCAUCUGUGAGUCAUCUUCCCUCAUCUCCAGUGCUACGGCAGCAGCCCUGCUGAGCUCGGGGGCUGUGGACUAUUGUCUCCAUGUGCUCAAGUCUCUGCUGGAAUACUGGAAGAGCCAGCAGAAUGAUGAGGAGCCCGUGGCCACCAGCCAAUUGUUGAAACCACACACAACAUCAUCCCCACCAGAUAUGAGUCCAUUCUUUCUCCGCCAAUAUGUGAAGGGUCAUGCUGCUGACGUGUUUGAAGCCUACACCCAGCUGCUCACAGAAAUGGUCCUGCGACUUCCCUACCAAAUCAAAAAGAUUGCAGACACCAGCUCUCGAAUUCCUCCUCCUGUCUUUGAUCACUCCUGGUUCUACUUUCUCUCCGAGUACUUAAUGAUCCAGCAGACCCCUUUUGUGCGUCGCCAAGUUCGAAAACUUCUGCUCUUCAUCUGUGGAUCAAAGGAGAAGUACCGACAGCUCCGAGAUCUGCACACCCUGGACUCCCAUGUGCGUGGGAUCAAGAAGCUGCUGGAAGAGCAGGGCAUCUUCCUCCGGGCCAGUGUGGUCACAGCCAGCUCUGGCUCUGCUUUGCAGUAUGACACGCUCAUCAGCCUGAUGGAGCAUCUGAAGGCCUGUGCAGAGAUUGCCGCCCAGCGAACCAUCAACUGGCAGAAGUUCUGCAUCAAAGAUGACUCUGUCCUCUACUUCCUCCUGCAAGUGAGUUUCCUGGUGGACGAGGGGGUGUCCCCCGUGCUGCUGCAGCUACUCUCCUGUGCCCUUUGUGGGAGCAAAGUCCUCGCAGCCCUGGCAGCCUCCACAGGGUCCUCCAGUGUGGCUUCCUCAUCAGCCCCUGCUGCAACCAGUUCUGGACAAGCAACAACUCAGUCCAAAUCUACCAAAAAGAGCAAGAAAGAAGAAAAGGAAAAAGAAAAAGAAGGUGAGAGCUCGGGCAGCCAGGAGGACCAGCUGUGCACAGCUCUAGUGAACCAGCUGAACAGAUUUGCAGACAAGGAGACUCUGAUCCAGUUCCUGCGCUGCUUCUUGUUGGAGUCCAACUCUUCCUCAGUGCGCUGGCAGGCCCACUGCCUGACCCUGCACAUCUACAGAAACUCCAACAAGGCUCAGCAGGAGCUCUUGCUAGAUCUCAUGUGGUCUAUUUGGCCAGAACUCCCAGCAUACGGUCGAAAGGCUGCCCAGUUUGUGGACCUUCUGGGCUAUUUCUCCCUGAAAACUGCACAGACAGAGAAGAAGUUGAAGGAGUAUUCACAGAAGGCCGUGGAGAUUCUGAGGACUCAAAACCACAUUCUCACCAACCAUCCCAACUCCAACAUAUACAACACCUUGUCUGGCUUAGUGGAGUUUGAUGGCUAUUACCUGGAGAGUGACCCCUGCCUGGUGUGUAAUAACCCCGAGGUGCCAUUCUGUUAUAUCAAGCUAUCUUCCAUUAAAGUGGACACACGGUACACCACGACCCAGCAAGUUGUAAAGCUCAUUGGCAGUCACACCAUCAGUAAGGUGACAGUGAAAAUUGGGGACCUGAAGCGGACCAAGAUGGUGCGGACUAUCAACCUGUACUACAACAACCGAACUGUGCAGGCCAUUGUGGAGCUGAAAAACAAGCCAGCUCGCUGGCACAAAGCCAAGAAAGUUCAGCUGACUCCUGGACAGACAGAAGUCAAGAUUGACCUGCCGCUGCCUAUCGUGGCCUCUAACCUGAUGAUGGAGUUUGCAGACUUCUAUGAGAACUACCAGGCGUCCACAGAGACCCUUCAGUGUCCGCGCUGCAGUGCUUCCGUUCCCGCCAACCCCGGCGUCUGUGGCAAUUGUGGCGAGAAUGUCUACCAGUGCCACAAGUGCAGGUCCAUCAACUAUGAUGAGAAGGAUCCCUUCCUCUGCAAUGCCUGUGGCUUCUGUAAAUAUGCCCGCUUUGACUUCAUGCUUUACGCCAAGCCUUGCUGCGCUGUGGAUCCUAUCGAGAACGAAGAAGAUCGAAAGAAGGCUGUUUCCAACAUUAACACACUUCUGGACAAAGCUGACCGGGUUUACCAUCAGCUCAUGGGACAUCGGCCACAGCUGGAGAACCUACUCUGCAAAGUGAAUGAAGCAGCUCCAGAAAAGCCACAGGAAGACUCCGGAACGGCAGGGGGCAUCAGCUCCACUUCAGCCAGUGUGAAUCGCUACAUUCUGCAGCUGGCUCAGGAGUAUUGUGGAGACUGCAAGAACUCAUUUGAUGAGCUUUCCAAAAUCAUCCAGAAAGUUUUUGCUUCACGCAAAGAGCUCUUAGAAUAUGAUCUGCAGCAAAGGGAAGCAGCCACAAAGUCAUCCCGAACAUCCGUGCAGCCCACGUUCACUGCCAGCCAGUACCGUGCUUUGUCUGUCUUAGGCUGUGGCCACACCUCCUCCACCAAGUGCUAUGGCUGUGCCUCAGCUGUCACAGAGCACUGCAUAACACUACUGAGGGCCCUAGCCACCAAUCCAGCUCUGAGGCACAUCCUCGUCUCCCAGGGCCUCAUCCGAGAGCUCUUUGAUUACAACCUCCGCAGAGGGGCUUCAGCCAUUCGUGAAGAGGUCCGCCAGCUCAUGUGCCUCCUGACUAGAGACAACCCAGAGGCCACCCAGCAAAUGAACGACCUGAUCAUUGGCAAAGUCUCCACAGCCCUGAAAGGCCACUGGGCCAAUCCUGACCUGGCAAGCAGUCUUCAGUAUGAGAUGUUGCUGCUGACGGAUUCCAUCUCCAAGGAGGACAACUGCUGGGAGCUCCGCUUACGCUGUGCACUCAGUCUUUUCCUUAUGGCCGUGAACAUCAAAACACCAGUGGUUGUUGAGAACAUCACCCUUAUGUGCCUGCGGAUCUUACAGAAGCUGAUUAAGCCACCUGCCCCAACCAGCAAGAAAAACAAGGAUGUCCCUGUUGAGGCCCUCACCACGGUGAAGCCAUACUGCAACGAGAUCCAUGCCCAGGCCCAGCUGUGGCUCAAGAGAGAUCCCAAGGCAUCUUACGAAGCCUGGAAGAAGUGUCUGCCCACCCGAGGAGUAGAUGGCAAUGGGAAGUCCCCCAGCAAGUCAGAGCUCCACCGUCUCUACUUAUCUGAGAAGUAUGUGUGGAGAUGGAAACAGUUCCUGAGCCGGCGGGGGAAGAGGACCACCCCUCUCGACCUCAAGCUGGGCCACAACAACUGGCUGCGGCAGGUACUCUUUACCCCAGCGACACAGGCAGCACGGCAAGCAGCAUGUACCAUCGUGGAAGCUCUUGCUACUGUCCCCAGCCGCAAGCAACAGGUCCUUGACCUCCUCACCAGUUACCUGGACGAGCUGAGUGUAGCUGGGGAGUGUGCUGCAGAGUACCUGGCUCUCUACCAGAAACUCAUCGCCUCAUGUCACUGGAAAGUCUACCUGGCUGCUCGGGGAGUCCUGCCCUAUGUGGGCAACCUCAUCACCAAGGAAAUCGCCCGCUUGCUGGCCCUGGAGGAGGCCACCCUGAGCACAGAUCUGCAGCAGGGCUAUGCCCUCAAAAGUCUUACAGGCCUUCUCUCCUCCUUUGUAGAGGUGGAGUCCAUCAAAAGGCAUUUUAAGAGCCGCCUGGUGGGCACUGUGCUGAAUGGGUACCUGUGCUUGCGGAAGCUAGUGCUGCAGAGGACCAAGCUCAUCGAUGAGACUCAGGACAUGCUGUUGGAGAUGCUAGAGGACAUGACCACAGGAACAGAGUCUGAAACCAAAGCCUUCAUGGCUGUGUGCAUUGAGACAGCCAAGCGCUACAAUCUGGAUGACUACCGGACUCCUGUGUUCAUCUUUGAGAGACUGUGCAGCAUCAUUUACCCUGAGGAGAAUGAAGUCACUGAGUUCUUUGUGACCCUGGAGAAGGAUCCCCAGCAAGAGGACUUUCUACAGGGCAGGAUGCCUGGAAACCCGUAUAGCAGCAAUGAGCCAGGCAUUGGGCCUCUUAUGAGGGACAUAAAGAACAAGAUUUGCCAGGACUGUGACUUGGUGGCUCUUCUGGAGGAUGACAGUGGGAUGGAGCUCCUAGUGAACAAUAAGAUCAUCAGCCUGGACCUGCCUGUGGCGGAGGUUUACAAGAAGGUCUGGUGUACCACGAAUGAGGGAGAACCCAUGAGGAUUGUUUAUCGAAUGCGGGGGCUGCUGGGUGAUGCCACUGAGGAGUUCAUUGAGUCCCUGGACUCCACCACAGAUGAAGAAGAAGAUGAGGAAGAAGUGUACAAGAUGGCCAGUGUGAUGGCCCAGUGUGGGGGUCUAGAAUGCAUGCUUAACAGACUAGCAGGAAUCAAAGAUUUUAAGCAGGGACGCCACCUUCUAACAGUGCUGCUGAAGCUGUUUAGUUACUGCGUAAAGGUGAAAGUCAACCGGCAACAGCUGGUUAAGCUGGAAAUGAACACUCUGAAUGUCAUGCUGGGGACUUUAAACUUGGCUCUGGUAGCUGAACAAGAGAGCAAGGACAGCGGAGGAGCUGCUGUGGCUGAGCAGGUGCUGAGCAUCAUGGAGAUCAUUCUAGAUGAGUCCAAUGCAGAGCCCCUGAGUGAGGACAAGGGCAACCUCCUCCUCACAGGUGACAAGGAUCAACUGGUGAUGCUCUUGGACCAGAUCAACAGCACCUUUGUUCGCUCCAACCCUAGUGUGCUCCAGGGUCUGCUGCGUAUCAUCCCAUACCUGUCCUUUGGAGAGGUGGAGAAGAUGCAGAUUCUGGUGGAGCGGUUCAAGCCUUACUGCAGCUUUGAUAAGUACGAUGAAGAUCACAGUGGGGAUGACAAAGUCUUCCUGGAUUGUUUCUGCAAAAUUGCUGCUGGUAUCAAGAACAACAGCAAUGGACACCAGCUGAAGGAUCUCAUCCUGCAGAAGGGAAUCACUCAGAAUGCUCUGGACUACAUGAAAAAGCAUAUCCCCAGUGCCAAGAAUUUGGAUGCUGACAUCUGGAAAAAGUUUUUGUCUCGCCCUGCUCUGCCUUUUAUUUUGAGGCUUCUUCGGGGAUUGGCCAUGCAGCACCCCGCCACUCAGGUUCUGAUUGGAACGGACUCCAUCACAAACCUGCAUAAACUAGAGCAGGUAUCCAGUGAUGAGGGCAUUGGGACCCUGGCUGAGAACCUGCUGGAGGCCCUGCGAGAACACCCUGAUGUGAACAAGAAGAUUGAUGCUGCCCGCAGGGAGACCCGAGCUGAAAAGAAGCGCAUGGCCAUGGCCAUGAGGCAGAAGGCUCUCGGCACUCUGGGCAUGACGACAAAUGAAAAGGGCCAAGUGGUGACCAAGACUGCGCUCCUGAAGCAGAUGGAAGAGCUGAUAGAGGAGCCAGGCCUCACGUGCUGCAUCUGCAGGGAGGGAUACAAGUUCCAGCCCACAAAGGUCUUAGGCAUUUAUACCUUCACCAAGCGGGUAGCUUUGGAAGAGAUGGAGAACAAGCCCCGGAAACAGCAGGGCUACAGUACUGUGUCCCAUUUCAACAUUGUGCACUACGAUUGUCACCUAGCUGCCGUCAGAUUGGCUAGAGGCCGGGAAGAGUGGGAGAGUGCUGCCCUGCAGAAUGCCAACACAAAGUGCAAUGGGCUCCUUCCAGUGUGGGGCCCCCACGUCCCUGAAUCUGCUUUUGCCACUUGUUUAGCAAGGCACAACACUUACCUCCAAGAAUGUACGGGCCAGCGGGAACCCACGUACCAGCUCAACAUCCAUGACAUUAAACUACUAUUCCUGCGUUUCGCCAUGGAGCAAUCGUUCAGUGCAGACACUGGUGGGGGCGGCCGGGAGAGCAACAUCCACCUGAUCCCAUACAUCAUUCACACCGUGCUUUACGUCCUGAACACAACCCGAGCGACAUCCCGAGAGGAGAAGAACCUACAAGGCUUCCUGGAGCAGCCCAAAGAGAAGUGGGUGGAGAGCGCCUUCGAGGUAGACGGGCCCCACUACUUCACCAUCCUGGCUCUGCACGUCAUACCCCCUGAGCAGUGGAGAGCCAUGCGUGUGGAGAUCCUUCGCAGGCUGCUGGUGGCCUCACAUGCCCGUGCAGUGGCUCCAGGAGGAGCUACCAGGCUAACGGAUAAGGCAGUGAAGGACUAUUCUGCCUACCGUUCUUCCCUGCUCUUCUGGGCUCUUGUUGAUCUCAUUUACAACAUGUUUAAGAAGGUGCCCACCAGUAACACGGAGGGCGGCUGGUCCUGCUCUCUGGCUGAGUACAUCCGCCACAAUGACAUGCCCAUCUACGAAGCUGCCGACAAAGCCCUGAAAACCUUCCAGGAGGAGUUCAUGCCAGUGGAGACCUUCUCAGAGUUCCUCGAUGCAGCAGGUCUUCUGUCAGAAGUCACCGAUCCAGAGGGCUUCCUAAAGGACCUGUUGAACUCAAUUCCCUGACAAUCCCCAUGGAAAUGAGAUCACGGAAAUGAAGCUCGCUUGCCUUCCUCCCUCAUUCGCCCCUCCGUGUGCAUUCACUUCCCCCACGGAUGCUGCAUUAGCACCCCCUCUCCUCCCUCAUUUUUCUCGGAGUGGCUUGGGGUUUGUAGACUUCCUGUUCUAUCGCGUGUGUGUGCUGCGUUGGCUAUGAAGUUGUUUGUAGCCCAAGCCGUUGAAGGACCUAUACAUACCUAGGAGCUGUGAGCUGUCCCAGCCAGCUUGAGUGUUCACAUCUUGAAAUAAAUGAAUGACUUGGUACACAUUGGAAAGG